AUGGCGAUUAUCGCUCAGAGCUUCUCGGACCACUACGCGGAGCUUGUCACUCGCGUGCCGACCUACACGGAGUUGUUGCUUCAUGUGCAGCGGCGAGAGGUCGGCGAGCGCAAGGCGCUUGAGGAGAGGUGCCGAAUGGCCUUCCAAGAUGUCCUUCACGUCGCUGCGGUGAUGAUCGCCGACAACAAAGCACUUGCGAGGGGAGGUGUGCUGGCUCGCCGAAAUCGCUUUGAAUUGGCGCUCUACAAAAAGGAGACGUCUGUGUGGUUCGAGGCAGUGCCGCCGCGGCAGGUGGCCCUGCCCACAGGUCGCCCGUUUCGCGCUUUUCCAUACGCUGCCUUUGCGGAGCUGCAGCAAGAGGAGCGGGAGCUGCGGCAGUGGAGCUACGGUGUGGAGCGUCGCCUUCGCGAGCACAUCGAAGAAGUGUGCAGCCGUACGUGGUUUUUCCUCAACCUUCUAAAGGACACGAUGGCGAGGGAAACCUUGUCCCGGCAGCGACUGGAGUACGAGGAGGAUGAAGUCUUCACUUCAGUCAAGCAGCGCUUUUUCCGUGCAGUGCCUGCUGACUACUACCGCCACCUCGUGAUCACACGCUACGGCCCAACGACCCCUGCGGUAGAGCCGGUGAGGGACCUGGGCUUUGAGGAGAUUGAAGAGGAUGCACGCGCCAUGCUCAUGGCGGAGGAGGAGGCUUCUCGAGCGUCUGUGUUUCAGUAUCUGCAAGGCGUGUACGCCAUGCAGCUCUUUGCGCUGAACCACUGCGAGGUCAUCAGCCGCUACGAGCUGGAAGAGGAGGAACGCAACACGCUCUUUCCACUUGUCGCGCAGUGCUGCCGCGAUGACUUUGGCAUUCUAUUUUACUAUGUCCCUGCACUUGCGCUGCAUUUCAGCUCGUCGCAGCCGUGCAUGCGUGCGCUCUGUCUUGCCCAGCUGCAAGAGGCGCCGAGGCGGACGGCGGCCGUCAAGGCGCGCUUCUCCUGGGUACCUGCCCACACGCUCGCCGGUGUGGACAGCGAUCUCGACGACCAGGCAGCUCGGGACGAGAUGGACGAGGGUAUGGAGGUAGGGGCGGAGGUGACCGACGACAACACAGGCGGCUACGACGAUUCCAUCAAUUCACCGUCGCCGCCGCUGGAGAGGAUGGUGACUGCACCUGGGACUUCUUCCGUGGUGUUCGAGCCGGAGAUUGGCACCUCAGAGGCAUCUGGGCUGGAGACACGGCAGGAGAAAUUGGAGAUGGCGACACCGCCGACGGCGGAGGAUGUUGUCGUACCGUGCGCUGACGAGGAGCCGACGCCGGUCACAGUGGUGAGUGUAACACCGGGGGCGGAUGACGCCCCGCAGCACGUGCUCUAUGCAUACACGACUGAGGAGGUCAUCAUGCCUGUGCUCUACGCCUAUGAGAAGAUGGAGGCACAAUUACCUGUCACCUACACGUACGAAGAGGCUCAGGCAGUGCCGGAGGAUGCUUUCACUGCUGCUUCCUCUCACGAGAGCUCCACGUGCAUACUAACGCCGCAGCCACCGCAGUGCGCUAUCUACACCAAUUUCGAAGUGUUUCCUGGUGACCCGUUCGCCUGGUCUCCUCAGAACGGAAAGAAGUCGUAG